AUGGAAGAUAAUUUUUCUGAGGAAGGAAUGGAAGAACAACCCAAAUCGAUAAUAAAGGAUCCACUUCAUAGAGAUGUUGAAGAAGGGCAGCUGUAUAAAAAUACAAUAACAAGUGUGAUGAAACAUUAUCCGAUCCGUGAGAGAUUCCAAUUUAAGGUGAAAAGAUCAUCAUUAUCAAGGUACUAUCUUAAGUGUAUCAAUCAGAGAUGCAAUUGGACUUUUAAAUCUUCAAGUCAACAAAAUUCAGAAAUUUUCAUGGUGACAAAAUUUGUCGAUGAUGACACCUGUCCAAUUGCAGACAUAAUGAUUUCACAACGGCAUGCUACUUCUUUAACCAUCGCUGAAAUGGUGAAGCACAACUUUCUAAAUCUAAAGUCAGCAUACACUCCAGCAGAGAUCAUGGAAGAAAUGAGAAACUUCUUACCUAUACAUGGUAAACACAAUAAAUCUUGGAUCAUUCACAAGGCAACACAAAACGGAGGACAAUCACUUUUAUAUGAUUUUGUCGUGUUAAGCACAUUAAUUAGGGGUUGGAGAUAUUUUAUGCCUACCAUUAUUGUUGAUGGAACUUUCCUGAAAUCUGCAUACAAGGGAACAAUGUUGUCUGCUAGUGUACUGGAUGCAGCAGGACAUAUUUUGCCAUUAGCAUAUUCUGUUGUUGAUUUUGAAAAUGACGCUUCAUGGGAAUGGUUUUUCUGCAUGUUUAACACUGCUUUUGGUGAAAGAGAAGGCAUAUGCAUAGUAUCUGAUAGUCAUGACAACAUAUUAAAAACUGCUACACUUGUAUAUCCAAAUGUGGCUCACUGUAUAUGCAUCUACCAUCUAUGGAACAACAUAGAAUCAAAAUCAGUUAAAGGGAAUCUUCUUUACAAUGGCUAG